AAAUUCGAGUUAAAUCUUACAGACCAAAACGCUAUCUUCUACUUUAAACGCUACUGCCGGACACACAUUCACAAGUAUUCUACAAAAUCACGGUCGAUUAAUAUUUUCUUACCUCGUAAAACAUUUUUUGAAAAGGUCCUACAGGAAAUCCAAAAAUCUGGCGGUCCAAGUAGCAACCACAGCUUGAAGUCUUGAACUAAUCAGCUGGCGCUUAUCUAAGAAAUCCUUAUCCACUUUUUCUCGGUUUCUUUUCUUGAUUUUACCCUUUUGUCUUCUUCUCACUCCUUUAAUUUCCUCCAUUUUUAUACUCGUAUCUCAAUCAAUCGUACUAUAUUCCUCCCCCUUCCAUUUCCAUCCCCAAUUGUUUACUUUUUUUUUCAUUUUUAAUUUCAUCCUUUACUUCACAUAGAAAUUAAAAUAAAAAUGAUUUGGGGUUUAUCCUGAUUUUUCUCAAAUUUCCCAGAACCAAAAACCCUCGAUUCGAUCAACCCCAGAUCAAAUUGAAUCGAGGGUUUAUCAAAAUUUGGGGGGGAAAUUGAAAAAUGGCGGUGAUUUCAUUAUUAUUGGAAGUUUUAAAGAAACCCAGUAUAUGGGAUAUGUUAUUUGAUCUGAUUUUGUUGACUGUGCCUCUUUGGAUUGCUGUUUUUGUGGGUGUUGUUGUGGGUUGGGCUUGGCGGCCCAAUUGGGCCAUCUUUGGUGGUAGUGUAACUCAGAAGCAAUCUUCUUCAUCAUCUUCAGCAAGUGAUAAUAAGGGUUUCAAUUCAAUUCAUUGUUUAACAUCUUUCAAAUCACUGUUUUCGAGUUUAUUGUCUCGGACUGUGUCUAAUUGCAGCUUGGAGGAUGCUAAUUUUAAUGACCAGUCUUGCAUUUUGAAGUCUAGUUCAAGUUUGUCGCAUGAGAGAAACAUGUCGAAUGCGGUUAAUGAAGCUGAUUUAAGGCAUUUGUAUCAAUUGGUUGAAGUGCAAGAUGGAGGGCCUGCUUGGAUUCAUAUGAUGGAUCGUUCUACUACAACUAUGACCUACCAAGCUUGGCGCAGAGAUCCCCCGACUGGUCCUCCUCAAUAUCGUAGUAGAACUGUGUUUGAAGAUGCUACUCCAGAAAUGGUGAGAGAUUUUUUCUGGGACGAUGAAUUUCGUUCCAAAUGGGAUGAUAUGCUCAUACAUCAUGCUGUACUGGAGUCUCAGACUACGGGAACUAUGAUAGUGCAGUGGGUGCGCAAGUUCCCAUUCUUCUGCAGUGACAGAGAAUAUGUGAUUGGUCGCCGGAUCUGGAAAUCUGGAGGUUCUUAUUAUUGCGUCACAAAGGGUGUACCUUUUACCUCUCUUCCUAGACGAGACAAACCAAGGCGUGUCGAUCUCUUUUAUUCAAGUUGGUGCAUCCGUGCAGCUGAAUCUCAAAAAAAGGAAGGCCAAAUGACUGCAACUGAGGUAAUACUUUUCCAUCACGAAGACAUGGGUAUUCCUUGGGAAAUUGCAAAGCUUGGAAUCAGACAGGGUAUGUGGAAUGCAGUUAAAAAGAUAGACCCUGGUUUGCGCGCAUACCAAAAACAGAGAUCAUCAUCUGAAACUCCACUCUCUCGUAGUGCUUUGAUGGCUCAUAACAAUACUCGAGUCAGUACAGAUUACCUCACGGCCUUAUUAGAGGCUGAAACCAGUGAUCUGCCUCUUGAAGAUGAAGAUCUUGACACAGAUGCAAACUCUUCGGAGAAAUCAGGAGUGAACAUACCUAGAGCUGUCAUUGUAGGUGGUGCUAUAGCACUUGCAUGUACUAUUGACAGAGGACUAUUGACCAAAGCAGUCAUCUUUGGAGUUGCCAGAAGAUUUGCAAGAAUUGGGCGGAAGACGUGACUUGGGUUGUUCAUGUUAAAGUUGCAACACAUUCAAGAACCAGAUGGUUGCAUUUAGAGCAUGCCUUGCCCCGAGUGGGGAAACGAAAGAAGGUUGGUUGUUGGCCAUGCGAGGUGAGAAGGUUGCUCGUUGUAUUAUAAACGGGAAGAAUGUGCUAUUUUUCUUUAUCCGGUGGUGGUGGUGGUGGUGGUGGUGGAGGUGGAGGUGGGAUUAUUGUUCAUCUGUUAAUUUAUUAAUGGAUAAAAUUUGUAUAACAUGUUGAUGUUCCCAUACCCUUAUUAUUAUAUGAUUUAUUCAGUAUUUAUAUC